CUGAUCAGAUAUAAUUGUAUGUAGACAAUUUUUAACAAUCAAUUGAAUUAUUCAGUUAAAGUUUUGCCUACACGCACAUUUUUAAUUAUUUGUACAGUUCAGUGAAAUUUGUCAACAGUGAGUGUGAAGGUAGCUUAAUUAUUAUAUGAUAUUUAUUUAUCAGAAGAUAUAAUAACAGUAUAAAAUUUAGGCACAGGCGAAGAUAACAAUAGUUAAAAAAUGAGUUUCGACAAUAAAGUGGUAAUAGUGACAGGUUCCAGCUCCGGUAUCGGUGCGACCGCUGCCCUUGCUUUUGCUAAAGAGGGCGCUAAUGUCGUCAUAGUGGGACGCAAUGAAGAGAAGAUGAAAAACGUAAGCAAUAAAUGUGAAAGUUUCGGGAAGAAACCAUUGGUAAUUAAAGCGGAUGUUUCAAAAGAUGAUGAGGCAAAGAAAAUAAUAGAUGAAACAAUAAAUCAAUUUGGAAAACUGGAUAUAUUAGUGAAUAAUGCUGGUCUAUUCGUACCUAAUGAUAUUACUAAAGACAAUUUCAUGGAAGGUUACGAUCACGUAAUGAAUGUAAAUUUACGAGCCCAAGUUUACAUAACCCAUUUGGCGAUACCACAUUUAAUUAAAACCAAAGGGAAUAUUGUAAACAUAUCUAGUAUAGCUGGAACUUCAACCUCAACUGCUUCGAGUAUAUUAUCUUAUGCUGUAUCUAAAGCUGGACUCAAUCAUUUCUCUCGAGGAGUAGCUCUGAAACUGGCGGAGUACGGUGUGCGUGUGAACACGAUCAGUCCGGGACCAACGCGCACUGAUAUACUGGAUAAUUCUUCAGCUCCUAUCACUUGGGACAACUUCUUAGAUAUGAACCCUUUGAAACGAGUCAGUGAUCCUGAAGAGAUCGCGGAUUUGAUCCUGUUCUUAGCGAGCGAGAAAGCUAGAGGUAUCACUGGAUCUGAAUAUAUUUCUGAUAACGGUUCUUUACUUGUAAGAUGAUAUGUCUUGUUAGGGAAAAAAAUGUUCAAUUGUUAU